GGAAUCAGUUCAACAGCAGCAUUAACACUGUAAACAGCAAACACUCCGUCAAAAAUAAAAGUAUAAAUUGUUACGUACGUAAUUGAGUAUCGGGUUUUCGGUUCAAUUUCGUUUUGGUUAAAAAUGGCUGUCCCCGUUUUGGUGACCAAAUCUGCCUAUUAUAAUUUCUUGCGCGAAUAUUGGCUUGGAAGCUAUGAAAGGGGCUCCACGCCGCAGCAGCUGGUCUGUGAUGCAUCGGCGGCUUGGCAAGGACUCCAGCCCAGGGAACGCAUGAUGUUCGAGGAGGGUCCCUAUAUUGGCGCUCGGCUGGCCGUAGAUCUAUUGUCCGAGGAGCCCAAGAGAAUUUCCAUUCCCAAUACAACAAAGGCUUCUGGGCGGCUGCGCAAAUUGAAGGCCAAAUCAAAGCCGAAUAUCUCCUUGAAGCUGCACUCGACACGUCGCCCCAAACGUGUCAAGAAAUCCAAAUUAAACCGACGUCGUACCAGAUAGUUGCAGCCCAAUUGCUGCUGUCUUCUUGGUGCCAUUUUAACGCUCAUAUCCUAAACAUUUUAGAUCUGUUUUUAACGUUAACAAACACUACAUUACGCUUAACACACACACAUACAUACACACACACAAUCGCACAAGCAAAUAAAUGUCUUUUUGGAAUAUAUAA